AUGGAUGCUACUCUCAUUAAAACAGGCAUGCCUUAUUUCCUUCAUGAUGCCUUUGCUACGGUCGGUGUACAGAAUCCCGUAGACCUUCCUCAAAUAGUAGUUAUUGGCUCACAGUCGAGCGGGAAAAGUUCAGUGUUAGAAAAUAUAGUAGGACGAGACUUUUUACCUAGAGGCACCGGUAUAGUAACUCGAAGACCUUUGGUUUUGCAACUCAUUAAUCGACCACAUAAUGAAGAAGAUUCAACUAGUGCUGAUACCGAAAAGAGACCGAUCCGUGAGGAAAUUGUCAAAGAAACCGAGGAAAAAACCGGAAAAAAUGCUGGUAUUUCCCCACAACCCAUCAAUCUGAGAAUAUACUCACCACAUGUCUUGACCUUGACACUUGUCGAUUUGCCGGGUCUGACUAAAGUUCCCGUUGGUGACCAACCAAAAGACAUAGAAAAACAAAUUCGUGAAAUGAUAUUGAAAUAUAUUACUAAACCGAAUGCUAUUAUUCUUGCGGUCACUGCCGCCAAUAGUGAUUUGGCAAAUUCUGAUGGUCUAAAAUUAGCACGAGAAGUUGAUCCAGAAGGUUCUCGUACAAUCGGAGUUCUCACAAAAAUUGAUCUCAUGGAUCAAGGAACAGAUGUCGUAGAUAUCUUGGCGGGACGUGUUAUUCCCUUACGACUUGGCUAUGUUCCUGUGGUGAAUCGUGGUCAAAAGGAUAUCGACAGUAGAAAAGCAAUUUCCACAGCUUUAGAAGGUGAACGCCAGUUCUUUGAAAAUCAUCCUUCAUACAAGAGCAAAGCACAGUAUUGUGGUACUCCAUUUUUGGCACGGAAACUUAAUAUGAUUCUAAUGCAUCACAUAAGAAACACCCUUCCUGAGAUCAAGGCAAAAAUACAAGCAGCCUUAGCAAAGUAUCUUCAAGAAUUAGCCGGUCUUGGUGAUCCAUUAAACGAAGGUUCAAACAAUCAAGGCAAUCUUGUUCUAAAUAUUAUAACUGAAUUCUGUACCGAAUUCCGUACGAUAAUUGACGGAAAUUCGCAAGAUCUGUCUUCAUUUGAAUUGUCUGGUGGUGCGCGUAUCAGCUUCGUAUUCCAUGAAGUUUUUGCAAAUGGCGUAAAAUCUAUAGAUCCAUUUGAUCAAGUUAAAGAUGUAGAUAUCAGAACUAUUCUUUAUAAUUCUUCUGGUUCAUCGCCUGCUUUGUUUGUUGGCACGACGGCAUUUGAAGUAAUCAUCAAACAACAAAUUAAACGACUUGAAGAGCCAAGUCUAAAAUGUACUCUGCUUGUCUAUGAAGAAUUAGUUCGAAUUUUAACUCAACUAUUGCAGAAACAGUUAUUCAAACGUUUCCCUGGUCUAAAAGAAAAAUUUAACACGGUUGUAAUUAAUUUCUUCAAAAAAGCAUUGAAUCCUACAAAUAAACUUGUCACUGAUCUUGUCUUAAUGGAAGCUUGCUAUAUUAACACUGGCCAUCCUGAUUUUCUCAAUGGUCAUAAAGCAAUGACUAUCAUCAAUGAGAAAAUUAAUCCUCCAAAACCUGCAAAUUCCGCUGAUUCCAAAAAUAAUAGAGUAAGUAUUGCGAAUUUGACGAGUAAUCCGCUCGGUUUCGAUACGGAAUCGCAAAAUACUGGCUUCUUUGGAAGUUUCUUUGCUACAAACAAGAAAAAGAAGGCUGGCUUAAUGGAACCGCAGCCACCUCAAGUAUUAAAAGCCUCUGGAAAUCUUUCAGAACGUGAAUUUAUGGAGACGGAAGUAAUAAAACUUCUUAUUCAAUCAUACUUCAAUAUUGUGAAACGUACUAUUGUGGACACGGUUCCUAAAGCGAUUAUGUUGCAUCUGGUCGCAUACGCUAAAGAAGAGUUACAGCGAGAAUUACUACAAGAAUUAUACAAAGUAGACGUUUUAGAUGAAUUGCUCAAGGAGAGUGAAUACACUCAACAAAGACGAAAAGAAGUCAAGAAAAUGAUUGAGGCUUUGCAAAAAGCUGACGAGAUUGUUGCUGCCGUCUAA